AUGAUGACCAAACCCUAUGGGAAGCCAGGUGAUGUGACUGAGCUGGUCAGCUCCCUGGGCUGGAUGGAGGAAGACCUGAGUUCUCAGGAUGGGGACCGGACCCCUGAGAUUGGGGGCCGAUACAGGAUCAGUGGGGGCAGCCGCAGUCCCAUGGAGCUUGGCAGCGAGGACAUGGAGGAAGAGGAGGAAGAUGAAGAGGAGGAAGCUGGACUGGAUGGAGAGAAGGCGCCCAAGCGGAGGGGUCCCAAGAAGAAGAAGAUGACCAAAGCUAGGCUGGAGCGUUUCCGCGCCCGUCGCAUCAAAGCCAACGCCAGGGAACGCUCACGGAUGCACGGUCUCAAUGACGCCCUGGACAACCUCCGAAGGGUUAUGCCCUGUUAUUCCAAGACUCAGAAACUGUCCAAAAUCGAGACACUGCGGCUGGCCCGCAACUACAUCUGGGCACUGUCUGAGGUCCUGGAAAGCGGUCAGUCUCCGGAGAGCCACGGAUUUGUGGAGAUGCUCUGCAAAGGUCUCUCACAGCCCACCAGUAACCUGGUGGCUGGUUGUCUCCAGCUUGGCUCCUCCCCCAUGCUGCUUAACAAGAUGGACGAGAAGUGCGGUGGCCCGGGUACAGGGGUGGUGGGUGGGCAGCAGGCUCAUCCUCUCAGCUACCCCUCCCCAGGGCUGCCCAGUCCUCCUUAUGGCUCCCUAGAGGCUUCACACCUGCUGCACCUGAAGGGUCUCAAGGGGACGACGUAUGAAAACCCGUCGCCCAACGAGUGCAGUAACGGCACUCCGCCUUAUGACGGUCCCCUGACGCCACCGCUCAGCAUCAGUGGUAACUUCGCUCUCAAACCGGAGCCCUCACCACAUGAUACAGAGAGGAACUUUACGCCGCACUCUGCCCUCACCGCCCACUACCUGUCCUCACACCACUACCCGCCCUCGUCCAUGGGAGGCCUGCAAGGCCCCCAGAGCCACACACUUUUUCCAGCCUCUCGCUAUGAACUGCCCCUGGACAUGGCCUUUGAGUCCUUCACUCCGUCCCACUUAGUAACUUCACAAAUGGGCACCAUUUACAGCGAGUGA